CAGCCCCGAAGCUGUUGCACCCCGCUGCUGCUUGCUCGCGUUGCCUGAGCCUGCAGAGGAGAAGCUUGUCACCUCCCCGGCGGGUUGUGCGACAGACUCUCCGUCGUGACGUCCCGUUGCUCCUCGGGUGAGAGAAAUAGGACUGCGUGGAACGCACGAAAAUACCAGUUCUUACAAAAACUGUUCAGGUAGGCGAAGGGAAAGAUGCCGGCCACACAGAAGCCCAUGAGGUACGGACACACGGAAGGACACACCGACGUCUGUUUUGAUGAUUCUGGAAGUUUCAUUGUGACCUGUGGAAGUGAUGGUGAUGUGAGGAUGUGGGAAGAUUUGGACGAUGAUGAUCCCAAGUCUAUUAAUGUUGGAGAAAAGGCAUUUUCAUGUGCCUUGAAGAACGGGAAGUUGGUCACGGCAGUCUCUAACAAUACUGUCCAAGUCUACACGUUCCCUGAAGGACUUCCGGAUGGCAUAUUAACACGUUUCACGACAAAUGCAAACCACGUGGUCUUCAAUAGAGACGGCACUAAAAUUGCUGCUGGGUCCAGUGAUUUUCUGGUCAAAGUUGUGGACGUGAUGGAUAACAGCCAGCAGCAAGCAUUUAGAGGACACGAUGCCCCUGUUUUAAGUCUGUCUUUUGAUCCUAAAGAUAUCUUUCUGGCAUCAUCUAGUUGUGAUGGAACUGUCAGAGUAUGGAAUGUUUCUGAUCAGACAUGUGCUAUUAGUUGGCCAGUCCUACAAAAGUGCAAUGAUGUUGUGAAUGCCAGGUCCAUCUGCAGACUCGCGUGGCAGCCCGGAGCCGGGAAAUUAUUAGCAGUUCCUGUGGAAAAAUCUGUGAAGCUGUACAAAAGAGAAACUUGGACUAAUCCAUUUGAUCUUUCAGAUAGUUCUAUCUCUCAGACACUCAAUAUAGUUACCUGGUCUCCCUGUGGGCAGUAUUUGGCUGCAGGUACUAUUAAUGGCUUAAUUGUAGUUUGGAAUGUGGAAACCAAAGACUGCAUGGAAAGGGUGAAACACGAGAAAGGUUAUGCGGUUUGUGGCCUGGCCUGGCAUCCUACUUGUGGUCGAAUCUGUUACACUGAUGUGGAAGGGAACCUUGGGAUCCUGGAGAAUGUUUGCGACCUCAGUGGCAAGAUGUCGAGCAGUAAGGUGUCUAGUAGAGUGGAAAAGGAUUACAAUGAUCUUUUUGACGGAGAUGAUACAAGUAGCGCUGGCGAUUUUCUAAAUGACAAUGCGGUUGAGAUGCCUUCUUUUCCAAAAGGAAUUAUAAAUGAUGAGGAUGAGGACGAUGACCUCAUGCUGGCUGCGGAUCGUCUCAGACGGAGAAGUCAUGUCCUGGGAGAUGAUGAAAACUCAGCUGAUGCUACAAUGCUAAACACUGGUCUUCUUAAAGAGGAAGGGGAAGAUGACCAGGCAGGCAGUAUUCAUAAUCUUCCCCUUACAAAAUCCCAAAGGCCAUUCUAUGAUGGACCCAUGCCAACACCUCGACAGAAGCCAUUCCAGCCCAGUUCUACACCCUUGCAUCUCUCUCACAGAUUCAUGGUGUGGAACUCUGUUGGGAUUAUUCGUUGCUAUAACGAUGAUCAGGACAGUGCCAUAGAUGUGGAAUUCCACGACACCUCCAUCCAUCAUGCAACACACCUAUCGAACGCUUUCAACUACACAAUGGGAACUCUUUCCCAUGAAGCUGUUCUGUUGGCAUGUGAAAGCACUGACGAAUUAGCAAGCAAGCUUCAUUGCCUGCACUUCAGUUCUUGGGAUUCAAGCAAGGAGUGGAUAGUAGAUAUGCCUCAGAGUGAAGAUAUUGAAGCCAUAUGUCUUGGUCAAGGGUGGGCUGCUGCUGCUACUACUGCCUUGCUCCUUCGAUUGUUUACUAUUGGAGGCGUUCAGAAAGAAAUCUUCUGCCUUCCCGGACCCGUGGUGUCAAUGGCAGGACACGGAGAACAGCUUUGCAUUGUUUACCAUAGAGGUACAGGGUUUGAUGGAGAUCAGUGUCUUGGAGUUCAGCUGCUAGAGUUGGGGCAAAAGAAAAAACAGGUUCUGCAUGGCGACCCUCUUCCUCUUACAAGGAAGUCCUACCUUGCGUGGCUGGGGUUUUCUGCUGAAGGUACCCCCUGUUACGUGGAUUCCGAAGGCUGUGUUCGAAUGCUUAACAGAGGGCUUGGGAACACGUGGACUCCUGUCUGUAACAUACGAGAGCACUGCAAAGGGAAAUCUGAUCACUACUGGGUGGUUGGGAUCCAUGAGAAUCCCCAGCAGCUGAGGUGCAUCCCUUGUAAAGGUUCUCGGUUCCCUCCCACCCUUCCACGUCCCGCCGUGGCCAUAUUGUCCUUUAAGCUUCCUUACUGUCAGAGUGCCACAGAGAAAGGCCAAAUGGAGGAACAGUUUUGGCAUUCGGUCCUGUUUCACAACUACCUUGAUUACUUGGCUAAAAACGGCUAUGAGUAUGAAGAGGGCACUAAAAAUCAGGCGGUAAAAGAGCAGCAAGAACUUCUGAUGAAAAUGCUUGCGCUUUCUUGUAAACUGGAACGAGAAUUUCGCUGUGUGGAACUGGCCAGUCUAAUGACUCAAAAUGCUGUGAACUUAGCCAUUAAGUAUGCUUCUCGCUCUCGGAAAUUAAUAUUGGCUCAAAAACUUAGUGAGCUCGCUGCAGAGAAGGCAGCUGAGUUGGCAGAAACCCAGACGGAAGAAGAGAAAGAAGAGGAUUUCAGAAAGAAACUGAAUGCUGGUUACAGUCAUGCCACUACAGAAUGGGGUCAGCCACGGGCCAGAAAUCAAGUUGAAGAAGACACUGAAGAAAGAGAAGAGACUGUUCCAGAAGAAAGGCCGGAGCCACACAACCAUGGACAGAACUUAUUCCAAAGUGCAAAUUCACCUGAUAUGCCAGCUCUUAAAUCAGGUGCAGUUUUCUCUAGCAGCCAAGGACGGGUAAACCCCUUCAAGGUGCUAGUCAAUUCCAAAGAGCCAGCUGUAUCAGUGAAUUCAACACGUUCAACUAAUAUUUUAGACAAUAUGAACAAAUCAUCCAGGAAGCCCAUCCCUCUCAAUCGAGCAGCAAAUAAUGAAAAAUCUCCAGUUAUAAAGCCUCUUGUGCCCAAACCAAAGUCUAAGCAGGCAUCUGCAGCUUCCUAUUUCCAGAAAAGAGCUUCACAGGGCGAUAAGACUGAGGAAGUAAAAGAAAAUCCUAAAAAUGUAUCAUCUGAAACUCCAGCUGCAUGCCCUCAAAACUCUGAAAACCAAAGGCCAAAGACCGGGUUCCAGAUGUGGCUGGAAGAAAACAGAAGUCAUAUUUUGUGUGACAACCCUGACUUUUCAGAUGAAGCAGACAUAAUAAAAGAGGGAAUGAUUCGAUUUAGAGUAUUGUCUGCUGAAGAGAGGAAGGCAUGGACCAACAAGGCUAAGGGAGAGCUUGCCAGUGAUGGAGCUGAAGCGAAGAAGCGAAAACGUGAGAUCUGCGAGGCAGAAAACCAGGAGGAAGCAGCCAAGGAGAAUCUGGAUCUGUCUAAAAAGCAAAAAGCAUUAGAUCUUUCUGCCAACCAGAAACUGUCAGCUUUUGCAUUCAAGCAGGAAUAAGGAAUGGAAGAGUCAGGAAAUACUCAAACUUGGCUCUGGCUUUUGAUGGACCCUGGACUUGUUUAGUCUUCAGGGAACAUGUUAUUAUACUCCUGUGUGUCUAGAGACAGUGCAGUGGGCGGGGUUCAGCUCGGAGGUGGAGUGCUUGCCUAGCAGGCGCAAGGCCCUGAGUUCCAUUCUUAGUGCCGCAAAAACCAAACGGUAAAGAGCGUAAGAGCUGUCUGUGUAGAUCACUUGCCUUCCCCAGACAGAAAUGUCAUGAUUGCAGUUACUGCCAGGGAUGCCAUCAUGUCCUCGGGCAAGCCAUUUUUACUGUUUCUUUAAAAAUCAUUAAAAGUCUCCAUCUUAAGACCUCUGCGCAUUACAGAACCUUCUAGGGUUUCUUUCCUCCAUUAUGUUUCGUAGUAGAAAUGCCAUGGUCAUCAGCUUCCCAAGUGAGUUAUUAUGGAUUACUUUCUUGUCAGCCUUACCCUCGGGACUGUGGCUUUUUAUAUGGGCCCCAAAAGUGUAAAUAAUUUGUAAAUGAGGUAUGUUAUUUUGUAUGCCUGGGAACUUUUUUAAUGUAUGGCUUUCUGUUGUUUGUACAG